ACUGCAUGGAAAUAAAACUGUUAUGUUUGUUUUCCGAUCUGUCAUCAUCAAUCAUCAGUCAUCAGAACAGGAAGAAGAAGCAACAUCGGAGCAAAAGUCGCGCGUUGCUACACAGAAAAGGCAAGACGUCACCAACACCAACGCACUGUUUCGAUAUCGCAUUCAGAAAACUUUGAGACGAGGUUUUUCCUUCCAUCAGUUUACAAGUUUCAUUUUUCGCAAAAUUAUCGUAUCAAAGUGUCCCCAAACCGGACGCAACCAUCGGAAACCCCACGGCGAGCACGGCCAGCAACGAUUACCAGUGGAGUACGGCGGCUUCCGGCGAGAUCCGAGCGAAAAAAUCCAAUUCUCUGAAGCGGCUCUGACGAUGUUUGCCGUCUUCUGAAUCGAACGGGAAAUCGCAAUUUCUUGGCAGGUCCGGGCUAUGUUUGGCCGAUUUUUCGACAGCCAGCACCAACGCGGACGGAGUUGAGCGUUUUGAGCUAUGAACGGAACCUAUGAUGGAAAGUCGACGAGUUCGUCGUCGUCGUCUUCUUCCGGCGGAGGGGGAGGCGGUGGUGGUGGGACAUCCAGCUCCCACAGUAAACAACACAAAGCCCCCCGAAACUAUAAGCUGAUUGCGGAUCCAUUCAUUCACAAGGGCGUGCCGAAGAUAUACCGUUACGAUGGUAUCGUUCCGGGGGAUCCAACCUAUGCACCGGUUAUUCCGCGAGAUCCGCGGAAUCCGCUGGCCCGAAUAAGAUCGCGCAUUGAGCCGUUCGUCAUGAUAGUACCGAGAUUUAAAAUCGACGAGCACUACAUCGGUGAACCGCCGGCAAUAGAAAUCACAAUCACCAAUCUGAACGACAACAUUGACAAACCAUUCCUGUCGGAACUGCUGGCCAAAUGCGGUACCUACACUGAGCUCUAUAUCUACUACCACCCGAUAACGAACAAACAUCUCGGCAUCGCGCGGAUCGUCUUCGAGAAUGUCCGCUCGGCACGUAUCUGUGUGGAGCGACUGAACGGAACUUCGGUUAUGGGUAAGGUUUUGAAUGUAUUUAAGGAUCCCUUUGGGGAAGAAUGCAAACGCCUUAUAGAGGACAAAUCAUCGGAGAAGAAAAAACCGGCUCCUCCUCCGCUUCCACCACCGGUGCAAGUACACAAGCCAUCUCGGCCUCCUUCAAUGCAACCGGUACACAAAGCAGCCCCUAUGAUACCUGAAAAGCCCCCUCCGCCGCCGAUGCCGCCGGCCGUGUCGUCUUCGUCGAAUUAUGGUAGACGAAACAAUUCCGGGACGGAGUUGUUGAACGAUGACGACAAUUGGGAUUGUGAUAGUUCUGCAGUACCGGUCACAGCGAAGAAAGCACCACCACCACCACCACCUCCAAUUGCGCCACCAGUAUCUUCUUCCAAGCCUGCAAAUGCGUUGACAAACGAUAGUGAUAUGUGGGAUGUGGAUGAAUAUUCCGGGAGUGCUGGUAACAGUCGGGACUCGCUUUCCUAUGGAAAAGAUAAAUAUUCGUCAGUGAAUAAAAGUGGAUCUCAAUAUGAAAGCAGCACAUGGGAGGAUGACAGCAGAAGUAGAGAUAAGUCCAGAGAUAAGUACUACGAUCGUAAGGAUAGAGAUAAGCCCUAUUUUAAGGACGACCGACGAGAAAGAGAUCGCGAUCGUGAUCGUGAACGUGACUAUGAACGCACACGAGAUCGAGAUCGCGAAAGAGAUCGGGACAGAGACAGGGAUCGGGACCGUGAUCGUGACCGCGACCGAGAUCGAGAUCGUGAUCGCGAAUGGGAUAGAGACAGAACUCGAGAUAGAGAGCGAGAUUGGGACAGCAGGGAACGCGAUCGCUAUGGGAGAGAUCGAGACAAUCGGCGGAGAAGCAAAAGUGGAGGCUAUGGCUGGUACGGUGAAUCGGGAAGUUACUCAAAUGACAUGAGCUAUGACAGUAGUCGGUAUUCUCAGUACGACUACAGCUAUGGCUAUGGUGCUUCCGAUUAUGGAACUUAUGGUUAUCCUACUAUGCCUUCAGCAAUGGCUGGAGCAAGUAGCUACGCGGCACCAUCGAGUUCAUGGGCUCCUCCGCCUCCACCUGACGACAAACCCAAGGCCCCUCCACCACCUCCGUCCAGUAAAUUUAAUUCCAGUGGGAAAUCUAAUCUAGGUGGAGAGACAGUUUUGGACGAUUCGGACAUGUGGGACCUUGAGGAGAGUUCUCAGCCACCAGCAAAAGCACCUUCGACGCCUCCUGGUCCACCAGAGCCAAAAAGUGAACCCACCGCGGAUGAUGACAACAGUGGAUCUGCGCUAGAUUUGGACACUAGAAUUGCGAUGCUGUUCAAAGACAAAUCCUUUGGAGGUGCACCCUUUCUUCAACUUAGUGACGCCGAAGAGGAAGAAAAGAAAGAGGAAGGGGAAACAGGCGACGAGAGUCAGGACGUUCCGAUCAAGCAGGAAAUUAAAGAAGAGGAGCAACCAGAAACUCCGCCCGAGAAAGUUCAAGUCAAGAAAGAAAUCAAGUUGGAACCGCCUAAAGAGGAAAUGGCCAGCGAUAUAUCAUCCAGUGAAGACGAUAUUCUUGCUAAGGAAAGUCCUCCUCCCAUUCCGACGGCCAAACCCUACAUGGAAGACAUUAUCAAACGUGAUAACGAUCAAAUGUCGUUGUCAAGUCUGUCGUCGACUGACGGCAAAAAUGAAGAUUCCAAAGCUCCACCACUUCCGGCGGAUCCAGCUCCGGAUGCACCACCUCCCCCGGAACCGGCCGACUCAUUCUCUUAUGUGUAUCCUCCUGGUAUCGCACCCGGAAUGGGAUAUCCUCCAGCUCCACCCGGAACUGAUCCAUCCUACUAUUAUUCCCAAACAUACUCCCAGUCCUCCUAUCAGCAAUAUCAAUCAGGCUACUACCAAAACAGCUACAUGCAUCCCUACAUGGCGGGCUUCACCGGAGCCGCCUAUCCUUACCAGGUACCGUCAUCUCAAUCGUAUGGCUUCUCACCAAGCAAGAAGGACUCUUACAACCACGACGAUCGCUACCGGUCAUAUUCCAAAGAGCGGGAACGAGAACGCAAGAAACGUGACCGCUACGAAGAUGCGAUUGCAGCUGUUAUAGAACGCGUUACAGCAGAGUUGAAGCAAAUACUGAAAAAGGAUUUCAACAAGAAGAUGAUUGAAAACACGGCAUACAAAAAGUACGAAGCGUGGUGGGACGAGGAGGAACUUAAGAGCAAAGGCAAAACCAAGGACGUACUGAACGACAUAACUCCAUUAACCGUGGCUAAGGUGGAUAAAGCGCCGGACAUCAACCAACUGCUGAAUCAGACCUACGAUAAUCUGGACAGUAACAGUAGUUACAUAGGACUAGGUCUACGGGCCACAAUCCCCAAGAUGCCCAGUUUCCGCAGGAUACGUAAACAACCCAGCCCAGUUCCCCAGGAUGACGAAGAUUCCAGGCGCAGCGAUCAGGAGGAUAUGGUGCACGGUUCGGAUUCCGAAAAAGAAACCGAUUCUCAACCAAAUACGUCGCAAACAAAAGCGAAAACUCCGCCUCCGUCUGGGUCUACUGGUACAACUGCUGUCCCCGUUUCCAGAACGUCUUCCGCCACCGUAAUAUCUCGUACGGAGAAACGAAAACUCAGCGCAUCAUCAUUCUUCACCUCCUCAAGCGAAGAGGAAAGCAGUGCUACUGAAUCCGAGGAAAGCAGUGAUUCCGCCUCGCUUACCGAUGUGGAAAUGUCAUACACGAACCAGAAACAGCAAUCGUCGGCCUCCCGAGACAAGCGUGAGAAGCGGAUAUACUCCGAUUCCGACAGCGACGAUGACCUGGAUCAUCCAAGCAGUAAAUUCUCGCUUCCAUCCAGCAGCGCCGGUUCCCGCAAUAAAGCCAAAAUAUACUCGGAUUCCGAUUCGGAUGAACCAAGCAAACCACCCCGCAAAGAAAUACUUCCUCCCGUGUCUACCGAGAAAGCCCGGAGUAGAAGUCCGGAAGGAUUUAUUGCUGCUGGGUCGCAAAAUCGCGAAACUACUACACCUCCCCCAGUCGUUGCUCCGCCGCCGGAACCUGCUGCACCGAUGCUGCCAUUGGAGCAGCUGCACGAAGAUCUGUCACCGGACGUGGAUGAGAGUCCACCUACGCAGCAACCACCGCGGACGCCAGGUCGUGAAUCUCCCAAAAAGUCUCUCUACGAAUUGGAUCGAAUUUACAGCGAUUCCGAGGAGGAACGUGAGUACCAAGAGAAACAACGACGGAAGGCCGAAUACCUGGAGCAAAUCGAACGAGAGUUCCAGGAAGAGCAGGCCCGUUUGGCUUUGGAGGCAGAAGAAGCAGCUAAAGCCGCAGCAGCCGCUCCACCUCCACCCCCAACCACGAAAUCUCCCGCCAAAGGAGCCCGGAAUAAUAGGAAAAAUGCUUCCGUUCCAUUAUUGCAAACUGGUUCAAGCUUUGGCGAGCCAAUUACUCCACUCACAACUCAACCGCCUCCGACGCCAGGUGCCGGAAUAUUGGACUUGUGUAAAGAUCCCCUCAGCUCGGCUCCAGCACCAUCGACCGCCGGUAAAAAGGCACCUAAGAAGCCGGCUAAAUCGAGAGCAAAGGGCGGAAAGAAAGCAAAAGAUACCAACGGAGUACCACCAAAUGUUGUUCCCGCGCCAGAAAUUCCUCCAGCUCCUGUGGAAUUGCCUCCGAUUAUGCCUUCUGCCACGGCCCCUACCACCAUGAUUCUGCCUCCUCGGGUUACGGCUCUCGGUGGCACAGCUCCCUUCAGCUCAUCGGAUGACUUCUUCUCGGCUGACGAAGAAGCGGCGCGAAGAGCAGCGAAGGCUUCCCCUGCCUCGUCCGAUGGUGGUUCCAGUCAAGCUAGUCAAGUGGCUCUCGAUCACUGUUAUUCGCUUCCGCCGUCAGCAUCGCCGUCGUCAUCCUCACCUCAUCCCCAGUCAGAUUCCUAUGCGCCGGUCGCUAAAUCUGCCAACAAAUAUGCCCCUUCAUCAGACGAUGUGCUAGCACAUGAUCACGGUUAUACCAACAACGACGACAUCGUAGGCAGUGCAAUCCCAGGAACACCAGGUGCAUCCAUUCAAGAUGUGAUUCCGUCCAUCCCAGUGACACCCACCGUUCCUACUCCUUCACCGUCGGCCGCACGACCUGUCGGUCGACCCAAGAAAGAACCUGGAACACCCAAAGCCAAACACAAGAAACGGUCGGAAAAACAGGAGAAAUCCGUCGCUGCACAGUUGGCCAAUGCUGCCGCAGCGUCACAAAUGUUGGUACCCUUCGGACAGCAACAGCAAUCCUUCGUACCAGUUGCCAAGUAUUACGAACGGGACAUGCACUCGGAAAUGGCUAUUCUUUAUGAUUUCCUGACACGUGGAAUAGACGCUGAGGAUAUCCAGUACAUCAAACAGAGCUACGAACUCUUACUCAGCGAUGAUGCCAACAGCUACUGGCUAAACGCUACCCAUUGGGUAGAUCACUGUACCACGGAACGAAGCUUUGUCCCACCACCGGCCAAAAAGCGGAAAAAGGACAAAGAAUCCGUAUCGGACAUCAAGCAGCACUCUACGGGAUCGGCGCGAACUCAAGGCUUCUACAAAAUAGAUCCUCGUGAAAAGGCCAAAUAUAAGUACCAUCAUCUGAAGGGAACGGCUGCCGCUAAUCACUUGAACAACAUUGAAACCGCCAAGGCUGCCACCAAAAUGCAAGGUCUUUCCCGGGAAGCUCGCUCCAACCAGCGGCGCCUGUUGACCGCCUUCGGUGCCAGUACGGAGUCCGAACUGCUCAAGUUCAACCAACUGAAGUUCCGGAAGAAGCAGCUCAAGUUCGCCAAGUCGGCCAUCCACGAUUGGGGUCUGUUUGCCAUGGAACCGAUCGCGGCGGACGAGAUGGUCAUCGAGUACGUCGGACAGAUGGUACGACCUUCGGUGGCAGAUCUGCGGGAAACCAAGUACGAAGCCAUCGGUAUCGGAAGUUCGUAUUUGUUCCGCAUCGACAUGGAGACCAUCAUCGAUGCGACCAAGUGCGGCAAUCUGGCGCGGUUCAUCAAUCACAGCUGUAAUCCAAACUGCUACGCAAAGGUGAUCACGAUCGAGUCGGAGAAGAAGAUCGUCAUCUACUCAAAGCAAGCGAUCGGAGUUAAUGAGGAGAUUACCUACGACUACAAGUUCCCGCUGGAGGACGAGAAAAUCCCAUGUCUUUGUGGCGCACAAGGCUGUCGUGGAACUCUCAACUAAGAGGCGAUGCUCUGGCUAGGGGGUAGGUAUUGUAUUUUCUUCGUGGAACGAGAAUGCUCAUUGAAAGAAAUUCGACGCUAAACGAGAUGGAAGGCGACCACAGUGUAAAAUUGUUAGUAUAAGGCCCUGUAAAACAGAAAUUAGGAUCAAUUUAUGCUUAGUUAAACGAA